AGGAAGAAGAGGGGAAGGGGGGCGCGCUUCUGCCCAAGGAGGAGGAGGAGGAGAAGAUGCGAUGGUGGCCCCGGCUCGCUUCUUGCCCGCAAGCCGGCUGCCCGCUCGCUCCUGCCGCCCGCGCCUGAGCCAGCCGGAGAGACCCACCUCGCAGCUGCCUCGGUAGCAGCGGCUGCAGCCCCGGCGCCUCGCCCGGAUUCGGGGGGUCCCCACCCCGGCUGGAUGGCCGGGCGGCGGCCGCCGCGCAAUGAUGCUGGCCGUGGUGCUGCUCCUGCUGCUGCCGCCGUUGGGGCUGGGCUCGGCGGGCGCCCUGCAGCCCCGCGACGACCCCGCCGGCUCCCAGCAGGCUUCCCCCGCCGCCCCCUGGCCCCGGCGGCCCGAAGGCAGCGGCGAGAACGACCUGGCCGCCUGGACGCCCAACGCCACUCGGCCGGCUCUCCAGGAGCCGUCGGCCGCCUCGCCGGCGCCCGGCACUGACAGCGCGCCUGGCCCGGCUCCGACGCUCACCUGGUCGUCUCCGGCCCCUGCCUCGCUCCCCCCGGCCUCCGCCUCGCCCGGGGCCCCGCAGGAAGACAUCCCUGCCCCCCCAACGGAUGGGCCUCCCUCGCCGGCAGAGGAAGGGAAAGAGGAAGAGGAGGACGCGCCGGUCCACAGCGGAGCAGAUGUCUUCUGCAACUGCAGCUCCGUCGGAAGCACAAGUGUGGGUGAGUGCAAUGCCACGGGUCACUGCCACUGCCGCCCAGGUUACGCGGGGCCCUCGUGCGACCGAUGCGAAGACGGCUACCAUCUCGGUCCAUCUCACCGGCGCUGCCUUCCUUGCGAGUGUCAUCCUGAGGACUCCGUCUCUUUGUCCUGCGACAACCUUGGAAAAUGCCAGUGCAAAGCUGGAGCCACGGGGAUCAAAUGUGCCCAGUGCCAGGAAGGCUUCUCCAAGUUCAACGGGACCUCCUGCGCGCCAUGCCGGUGCAACAAUCAUUCUUUGCAGUGUGAUCCUUUGACAGGCGCUUGCCUUCAUUGCCAUGGAAACACCGAAGGCCCUUACUGUGAGAAUUGCAAAGGACGAUUUUAUCGCAACCACUCCGAGCAGCACGAGUGUCUCCGCUGCCCUUGCUCCACAGAAUUUUCCAGCGGCAGCUGUCAGAUAAAGCCGGGUCAGCAAACUCCAACCUGUGUCGAGUGUCGCCCUGGCUACAUCGGCCCCCUCUGCAAUGAAUGCGACAAGGGCUACUACAGCUCGGACAGCAUCUGCCUGAAAUGCCAAUGCAAUGGGAACGUUGACCCAGCCCUUUCGCCGAGAGUCUGCAAGGCGGAUACAGGCGAAUGCAUUGGUUGCCUCUACCACACAGCCGGGGUUCAUUGUGAGACAUGCCAAGAAGGCUAUGCCAAACAUUUGGAAGGAGGAAACUGCACUAAGGAAGAAUAUACUCCGACCCCAAGGCUCAUCCCUACAACUCCAAACUUCAAUGCGUCCACUGUCUCGCUUACCUUGGCCUUCAACGCCACAUGGGGCCAGCCGACGGUACAGACGGCCUUCCCAAGCCCGUCUUCCGAGAACAGCACGUCGACGUUGGCCGACGUCUCCUGGGCCCAGUUCAACAUCAUCAUCCUCACCGUCAUCAUCAUUCUGGUCGUUCUGCUGAUGGGCUUUGUGGGAGCCGUCUACACGUACCGCGAGUACCAGAACCGGAAGCUGAAUGCUCCUUUCUGGACCAUCGAACUGAAGGAGGACAACAUCAGCUUCAGCAGCUACCACGACAGCAUCCCCAACGCGGACAUCUCCGGCUUGUUAGAGGAUGACGCCAACGAAGUGGCGCCCAACGGACAGUUGACCCUGGCGACGCCGAUGCAUAACUACAAAGCAUGACGAAUCCAGGCAGGGACGGAUGGCAAACUCUUUUCUUUUUUCCUUUUUAAAAACUUGGAAUGAAUCCGUGCCAGGACGCUUUGGAUGGUUCCUGUGUUUCAGCCAGAAGGAACUAGCUUUUCUUUUUCCUGGAUUGGCCCAAGCUUCAGUUGUCACUUGUCCAAACCAAGACGAGCGCUGGACAAUGACCGAGACGAGUCAAAUGAAAAUUACGGGAUUGGAUUCAGCUCGGCCUUUCCAAUGCCACAAGAGGGUAUUUGCCUGUAUUUUUUUUAAAGAAGCAGCAGCUUGAAUAUAUAUAUAUAUAUAUUUUUGUAUAUGGGACCCUGGGAGAAGUCAAGUCAGAAAUCAUCUCACGGCCAGUCACGGAAAACCCAGGCGGAAAAACGGAGUUUUUCUUAAAAACUGAGUUUUUAAGUGCUUGUUGGAAAAGGAGGACAAGUGGUUUUGGAAAAGAAGAAUCCGAAAUGUUUCUGGGUCCGAGUUUUGCUAUUUAAAAACAAAAACAAACAAAAACGAUUGACGGAUCCAGACAGAAUAACAGUGACCAAAGUUUUGCGGAACUCCUUCGUUCUCCUCUCUUUAUUUUUGAGAAAGGGACCUUAGGCGUCCUCUUUCCAUCCUUUUGUGAAUAGGCGCUCCCAAACUAGUAAUGUUAUUUAAAAGGUAAAUGUGGCCUUUUUGUUUUCCCUACCUUGCUUCGACCAGGAUUCCUUUUCCCAGAUAGGAAGCAUGAAAGUUGAGGUCAAAUAUUUUAUUCCUGAACUAUUCGGAGCAGAAACGGUGUGGAUAACAGAAGGUGAACAGAGAUUUCCUUCGGCUGCGUUUGUAACUAUUUGUACAAAAAAAAAAAAGAGACAAAAGAUCAGGUGUCGGAUUUUAACUGUUUUAAGAUUUUUUUUAAAAAAAAUCUGUACAGCGGGUUCAUGGCCUUGUUUAAAAAAACAACAACAAGGCCAAAUGAAACCAGACCUAAGCUAAGAUUUGGGGGUGGGAGAAAGUAAGUAUUGUAUUAAAGUGCUAUAAAUUUAGAGGGUGAAUAUCUGGAGCUGGGACUCCAGAAGAAACAGCUUUCUUGCGAAUCUCUCCUCUUUGAAUAAUACAAAGUUGUUUGCAUCUU